AGUUGUGAUUAGACGAUGAUACAUUUUUAAGAAUUUACUCCUGGGAUCUCGGAAUACGAACGAGUAAAGACGGAAAGUGUUCUUACAGCUUGUGACAUUUGAUCAAGCGAGGCAAUGCAUGCAGAGAGACUGAAGCCAUCCAACGUCAGAAUCAUAACGUCAAGAGCCAGUAAUCUCGCGGGAUCAGAAUAUUGACGUAAGGUACUGAUGGAAGAGCUGCGCCGUGAGUCAUAUCCGGAUUACGUAAAGCUUGUGUAUAAGGAACUCGCGGAGCAAGACUGACUGACACACACUCCAUCGCCGUGACUUGUACUAGUUCCUCUGGUGGUGUUGUGAAGACGUGCAUCUACAAAGCCGCGCGAAGUUUGCUUGUCUUUCACGCUAGAUUGUCAUAAAAGCAGCGAGCGCUUCUGACAGUCUAGCUCUGGUGGUGUAGAGGCCACGUGCACUCACAGCACGGCGCGGAGGUUCUUGUUGAGUGAGAGGAAAGGGUUUUUUGCACGAUGGUCAACUCCCGCAGCCAGGGCUCGUCAAGGCAGCACAUCAUAUCUCGUGGAGUGGACGAUGCUUUGCAGAGUCUUGCUGGUCAUCUUGCAAACGCUCCGCCGCGACUGCACGCAAACAAGAGACAGCAAGGGCUGACCACCAAGGAGCAACUGCAGUGUGCCUUGUGCUGCCAGGCGUAUGAGGCACAGCUGAGGGAGCCUGUGGUCCUGCCCUCCUGCGGCCACACCUUCUGCCGCCUGUGUCUCUACCGCCUACAGGACCUGCAACGGGACUUCUGCUGCCCCUUCUGCAGGACUCGGCACUGUGGUCUGCCGGUGGACCUGCUGCCCGUGAACUUUAUCGUCAUGAAUCUCUUAGAGGCUAUUGAAAAGGUUGAAGGCAAUGUUUACAACGAGGAGAAUCCUGCUGAAGAAGUUUGCUGUCUCCACUUGGAGCCACAGUUGCUGUGGUGUCGCCAGUGCCGGCAGGUGCUGUGCGCCAAGUGCCUCUCUCAGCAGCAGCACGAUGGGCACGCCCUGCACCACGUGCGAACCGUCUUGGCGGAAAAAAAAAGUCACAUCGAGGACGAGACGAAUGAGAUGCUUCGUCACUUGCAGAAGGAGAAGGAGCAGCUGACGCAGGAGGUUGAGGCAGUUGUCUCCGACCUGGCAAAAAUCUACGAGAAGAGCGAGAGGCUGAGCCUGGAGGCUGAUAAGGUUGACACCAUUCGAAAAGUCAUGGCAAGCACGAAUGACCUAAUGGCCGUGGCACAGCUGGAGCUCACACUGCACAGAGCCUCGAAAAACACCAGUAUUCCUGACGCUGUGCUGCAGGCGUUACUGGAGCACCGGGGCGACAACUUUAUCACCGGGAACGAAGAGAUGCCGGCUGACGACAGCACAGAAAGGGUUUUUUGGGACGAGGACAGGAGUGGCCUCCAGUUUUGGCCGCUGACGAGGGACAUGGCUGGCGGCAGAAGACACUGGCCCAUCAUACCCUGGCAGCGCUUCAUAGCCCAGGUCCCGGCGGUACAGCUUCUGGUCCCACCCCCCGCCCCCGAAGUGUAUCUGCAGCUGGAGGCAGCCGGUGUCGACCUGGGCCGCAUCCGCAUACGCCUCUGGGGUCAGCUGCGCCGCGCACAGCACUUCUUGGCCCUUUGCCUGGGCACCUUCGGACCCUCAUACCAUGGGGCAAAAUUCCGCACCGUUGAGCGCAAGGGUGAACCAGGAGAGAGUCUGCGGGGCGGCGACUAUCCGGCGACGGACGGUAAAGGCACCAGCUGCCGGGGCGUGAUGGCGGGGCUGGAGUGGGGCGGCCAGCACGCCGGGCCCGUCAGGAAGGGGCUUCUUGGUGGGGGAGGGGGAGGAUGUCAUGAGUCCGAUGCACUUUUCAACAUUUGCCUGCAAGACAAGCCUCAGGGGAAGAUGUCUUGCCCCUUCGGGGAGGUUGUGUCAGGGCUGGGCGUCGUGUGGCGGGCGGCGAGUCACCAUCCCGUCUCCGAAGUCACCAUCACUGCCGCCGGCCUCGUCCACCACAGCACGUGACCCCAACCUUUCCCUUGUAGUGCCGUGCUGAGCAUAGCUGCCUCAGAUACUCCCUCGUCCUCCCCGUCAAAGUGGCAGCCCUGAUGGACAAGCUUGGAUGUAUUAAAACUACACUUCUCGAGUCUGGAGAUCGCCUACGCCUUGUUAGUAGCCCUCCUGGAGAUUCUGGUGUAUCAUCCGUCAAUCUCGAACAAGGUUUUCCUUUAGUCGCCAGCUGCAGAGGUGUGACCCCAACACAGACACUGCCUCUGCAUGGCGUUCCCUCCACAGCUAGCCUCUCCCUUGUUCCCCCGCACCCCACAAGGCUUCCUCCGCAACCAACCCCGCCUCGCUCGCUAAUCUCCCGUCCAGCAGCCAGCCUCCCUUCACAACAAGGAGGCUUCACUCUCUAGCUUCCUUGCUCCACAGCUACUCAGAUGCUAGCAAUGCACCUGUGAUAUAAUUUAUCUCAAUACCGAGUCCGUUUCCGUUAUCUGUGCGUCACUAUUUGUUUGCUGCUGCUCUGCUGAUAUUAAACCUUUGUUAGUACACACAGGCUGUUUUUUUAACUUUAACACACGGUAUAAGAGGAACAGGUAAUGAGUUUCAGGUUUCCCCUCUUCAUUAUCUCCAUGAGUGACUAAAUGAUCAUAAAAGCGACAUGGACUUAUCUUACUUUUUUGUUUAACUUCACUUUUAAUUUACGCCUUUUACACACAAUCACAUUUUUAAGCUUCUGCAGGUCACUCUUGUUCAUUGCAGUGGGUCAUUUGUAAAGAGUACUGUAUUCAACAUCAACACAUGUUUUCACUUCAAAAUACUCCUGUUUAUCCUCUACUGAGUGAACACUAACUAGUCCAAAAUACAAACAAGCUCGCUCACCCUCCACAAUAAUGACGGCCUCGUAUUCAAACUUCUGGAACAUCUGGUUGAGAGCCCACCGGUAGUGUCGGCCAAUCAGGAAGUAACCUUUGAACUUCCGCUCCUUCAGAGGCACUUCUAUGUCACUCAGAUCUGGGUGCUGAACAGAAAGAAGCUGCUGCUGUGUGUGUGUGUGUGUGUGUGUGUGUGUGUGUGUGUGUGUGUGUGUCAGGAGGAAGGAGUUGAAUGUAGUAAAUGGGAGAAGACCGAUGGAAAGGCCGAAGAAGACCAAAAACUGUUAGGUCGUAUAUACGUGGAAUUCAUGCCUUCUACUCUGCUGUCUGUGAUGGCAACACUGAAGGGAUAAGGUUAAUCGUCAAUUUAUAUGACUUCAAUAUGUUUCAUUAUCUUCAGUCUAUUUUUAAGACUGUUUUUUUUACCAGUGCGUGAUAAAAUAUUCUGUUAGCGUAGGUGUGGCGAAGGCAAAGCAGUGCACGGUGCCACCUUACUCUACGUAGACUAGGGGUGUAGGGUGUCACAGCUGUCACUGACAAGUGACACACAACCUCCUCGUCUAUGGAUCAAGUCACAGCCACACCAACCGUAAUUAAGGAUACAUACGAGUAGCCUAUAUACUAAUACCCACGUAAAAACAUGACUCCCUCCCUGCAUCAGAUAAGUGCCGAUGCGACGCUAUUUGUAAUUACUAGCCACGGUUCGUGUGAAUCACUUCACUUCCUGCGUCGUAAGUCAUUGAAUUUCAGUGUACAUACUUUGGAGACAAACAGAGAGAGAGAGAGAGAGAGAGAGAGAGAGAGAGAGAGAGAGAGAGAGAGAGAGAGAGAGAAUCCAUGUAACGUACUUGGUAUAGUCACGUGAUAUCUACAUAGAUGAGCCCUUCCUCUGCGCCUCAGGCACAGCGGAUAUUCCUCAGUCCUGGCGGGAGUGUUGGAGGCUCCGCAGCAACCUGUCGACUGGCGAGCACGUGUGACACUACCACCUGUGUCGAUAUACUAUCUGUGUGUGUGUGUGUGUGUGUGUGUGUGUGUGUGUGUGGUUGUGGGUGUAGGUGGGAGCAGUGCCUCAGACCAAGCACCUUAGCAGGAUGUCUCAACUCCACCACACCAUCGCCUGAACACGGUGCCCUCAAGCCAUGAACGAGCUCGCCCCACUCCUGCUGCUCCUGCUGCUGACGCCUGGCCAUUCUGGCGCCGCUCGGCCCAACGGAUGCCUCGCUGACACUUCUAUCUUGAACACUGGUCUGGUGGCGGACGUCACCAACGAAAAUACAAAAACAACAGAAGUCAUUAUAACCCGGUACGUGCACAUCAAGGAAGGCUUCCAGGGCGUCACUCUCGAGGUGGAGACGCUUCAAAAAGACGUGAAUAAUCGCCAAGAGACCUUCCAGUUCCAAUUGCCGGCUAGGUGCUUUCAGGGCGAGGCAAGGUGGUGGGGGGUGUGGGUGAAGGCGAAGCUGCUGGAACAUGAAAGAGGCGUAGGGGUCUUCUUCUAUAAUGAACUUAAACUGCAGGUGAGAACUGGCGAGUGUAUUUUGCUGUGUCGCAUUGCUAAUAAAUACAGAGGCAUUCGCAGGCUAAAAGUCUCUGGUCACGGCCCCUCGGAGUGGAGAAAUGACCAACCAGAGGAAGGCUGCGGCACCGUCAAGAAGUGGAAGGAAGGACCAUCCAGAAACACCGUUUUUUGUAUAGAUCUGCCAUCCUUGGACGCUCCAACCCCAAACCAUGACACCCGCAAGGAAAGAAAGCUAUCCAGUCGUGCACCCACUCCCGCGUCCACAACCUCUGCCAAACCCACAACCUCUGCCAAACCCACAACCUCUGCCGAACCCACAACCUCUGCCAAACCCACAACCUCUGCCGAACCCACAACCUCUGCCGAACCCACAACCUCUGCCAAACCCACAACCUCUGCCAAACCCACAACCUCUGCCAAACCCACAGCUUGCCAGAAAGUACUAUCAAUGUCUAUAGAUGUGGUUAUGGUGGUGGUGGUGGUGGUGUUGGUGGUGGUGGUGGUGGUGAUCGUGGUGGUGGUUGUGGUGCUGUUGACUAGACAGAGGCGGAGUAAUGGAGUCUUGUUGUUGUUGUUAUUGUUUCUACUGCUGCUGCUACAGCUGCUGUUGCCGGAGUAGCAGCAUCAGUAGCAGGAGCCACAGCAGUAGCAGCAGCAGCAGCAGCAGUAGCAGCAGCACAAACAGCAGCAACAGCAGUAGUAGCAGCACAAGCAGCAGCAGCAGCAGCAGAAGCAACAGCAGCAACAGCAACAGCAACAGUAGCAGCAGCACAAGCAGCAGCAGCAGCAGAAGCAGCAGCAGCACCACCACCACCAGCAGCAGUAGCAGCAGCACAAGCAGCAGCAGCAGCAGAAGCAGCAACAGCAGCAGUAAUAGUAUUAGAAGGAAGAGGAAAAGGAGGAGGAGGAGGAGGAGCAGCAACAGCAGCAGCAGUAGUAGUACUAGAAGGAGGCGGAAGAGGAGGAAGAGGAGGAGAAGGAGGAGGAGAAGGAGGAGGAGGAGGAAAAAGAGGAGGAAGAAGAAGAGGAGGAGGAGGAGGAGGAUGAGGAGGAGAAGAAGCAGGAGCAGCAGUAGUGUUAUUAUUAUUAUUAUUAUCAUUAGUAGUAGUAGUAGUAGUAGUAGUAGUAGUAGUAGUAGUAGUAGUAGUAGUAGUAGUAGUAGUAGUAGUACUAGUAGUAGUAGUAGUAGUAGUAGUAGUAGUAGUAGUAGUAGUAGUAGUAGUAGCAGUAGUAGUAGUAGUAAUAGCGUCAUCAUCAUCAUCAUCAUUAUCAUCAUCAUCAUCAACAGCAGCAGCAGCAGCAGCAGCAGCAACACCAGUAGCAGCACUGGUAUUAUCCUUAUUACCAUCAUCAUCAUCUAUCAGUAGUAGUAGUAGCAGUAGUAGCAGCAGUAGUAGUAUUGGUAACAGUAAAAGCAGUAGUAGUAUUAGUAACAGCAGACUGAUAGUAACGCCAAUCUCUCACCAUGCCCACAGAUGUAACAAUGAGACCAAAGAACACUGAUGAGCCAACACGCCCAGAAAACGUCUCGAUCAACAGCCUGUAUGAACCUGUAGGCAGGCGAGGAUCCAAGAACAGCCUGUAUGAACCCCUAGACAGCCAGGCACCCAUAAUCAGACAGCAGGAGCCUCUGGACAGCCAGGCACCCACCAACAGACAGCAGGAGCCUCUAGAUAGCCAGGCACCCACCAACAGACAGGGACAGACAAGGAUCCGAAAACAGUCUAUAUGAAGCUUUUGAAAACACUCGACUUCCCACAUUGAGUGACUGAUUGACCGGUUGUCUGAUAUUUUGAUUGAUUGACUGGCUGAAGGAACCUCAGUGUAAUAUCAGUUUUUGUAAACUAAAGUAUAUUUAUGUACUUUCCAUAACACCAUUGUAAAUAUGAUGCUGUUAAGAGUGUUAUUGUUGUGUGUGUGUGUGUGUGUGUGUGUGUGUGUGUGUGUGUGCGAGCGCCUCAGCAACGGAAAUGCAUUCAAUUCUGAACACACACACACACACACACACACACACACACACAUAAAAGCUAUCAUUUACAUCCCUAAUCAUAACAGUUACUCUUUAAUAUUUCAUACUGAUGAUUCUGGCACUGGGGAAUAACCAGUUUUAGCAGUAAGAUGUUAAUCUCAUAUAUUGUACUUUAAUCUCAAGUAUAAUCCCUGUGAACAGUCCUUUCAAGGUGGCACACUCUUUUUCUGCUCUCUUUAGUGUAUUCCUUCAGUAUUAAGUCUUCUGGGAAUAGAUAAAUUCAAAGGAGAUCUGAAGAGUUAAGACUGAGGAUUUAAGACUGAAGGAAGAUUCAGAACACAGUGCAAGUGAGUGUACCAGAUUACAGGACCCUCUGACCAUGAUUGUGGUAUUGUACUUGUAUAUUCUCAUCCCUUUCAGUACCAGAGACUCUUUCCAGGCUCCAUUAACCCUCCCCCCGUGUCAUUAGCCAGGAAAAGAAGAAGAAAUUGAUGCAUAACAAUGUAGCAAAUGGUGCGUAUCAUGUAUAAUCAUGGUCACGAGCACUGAACAAAGCCUUGGUCCACAUUCUGAAACACUUCUAACUACACCUCCACUACUUUCAACAGGCUUUAGUUGAAGUAACAUGGGUUUUCAAUGGUGUUUUUACGGUUUUAGUGACUGGUUAACAAGAUUUCUACAUUAUUAGCAGGAGAAACACUCGUGAGAAAUCGGCAAAUCAUUCCUGAAGCCUCUGAGAACAGUGUUGGUGAGAGAGCAAAGCGUUUCAGAAUACGGGCCAGGGCUGCAUCCUCAUACACUGGUAACCUGCCCGUCCGAACCCGUCUGUGUAUUGGGCUUCAGGAAAACUUAUCACUUCUAAUAAUAUAAGGGCAGUAUUUAUCAUUUUAUUAGCUGAAACUCAAAACCUGCUAUAACGGUAUUUGUCAUUGCUGUAUGUAUAUAUAUUACUAAUAGGAAUACUGAUUAUUAUUAUUCUUAUUAUCAUUAAUAUUAUUAUUGUCAUGCAUGCAGGGAUUCAGACAGGUAGGUUGCAAGAGUAAGAUAAUGCAGCCUUCAGAUCUCUUGGCCACGACCAUAGUGAUGAGUUUUAAUACCUUCGCUACGACCAGUAUCAUCUUAGGUUUUAUCCAGUUUUGUAAUGGCAUCAGGAAUAGAAUUCAACCCAUCUCGUGGUACUGAAAGGGUCAGAUUCCAUGACAUGAUUACUAGCCUUACUUGCUCCAUUACAUAGCCCUAUCUGUGUUGCCUGAUACAAACAACUGAAAAUAAACUGAUAACUUGCAA